AACACAACGCUGACCUGCAGUCACAACUCAGGGCUCCAGCUGCACAGGAACAACAGAGGUGGAAGCAGAGCGUCGGGACAGGUGGAACAGGUCGCUCCUGUCCUCAGACACACCUGAAUCCUCGACAGCUGACAGGGAGAGACCUGAGAGCCGUCAACUGAAGGAGACGGGGACAGACUGAAUCUCACCUACACCUGCCAGAGAAGACACUGCAAACACAGACAGACCAGCACAGACCAGCAGAGAUGGAUAAACUGGCACACAUGGUCGGGGAGAAAGUGGGAGACAUGGUGGAGGACGCCGUGAAAAACGCUCUGGGUUUAGGUGACAAGGACAAAGACAAGAAGAAGGACAAGGGAGGAGGAAUCCUCUCCCUGUUUGGAGGCGACAAGGACAAAGAGAAGGAGGACAAGGGAAAGAAGGACGAGGGAAAAGGAGGAUUCUUCUCACAUUUCUUGGACAAAGACGACGACAAAGACGAGAAGGGGAAGCAGAAGAAAUCUGGAUUCGCGGGUCUCUUCUCUGAAGAGGAAGGAGCAGGUGCUGUCGGAGGGAGCGAGGGAGAAACUGCAGGAGGAAGUGAAGGAAGUGGAGGACAUGCAGGACAAGUUGUAGGAGUAAAUGAUGGAGAUUUGAUGAAUGAUCUGAUCGAAGUGGCUGAAGAAAAUUCUAAAGGGAAGUGAGAGGACGAAAACCAGUGAAGCACAUCCUGUCCUCUGAGACAGACCGGAAUCAGCUGAAGAGACAAUCAGCCUGAACUAACUGUCUCUAACCUCAGCACAGCUGUCAGGACACAUUCAACUUCAACUCACCUCCUUCAUAAAUGCACUCGAAAGGAAAAGGAAAGGAGGAUAUGCUAGCUGAUGCUAUGCUAGCUGAUGCUAUGCUAGCUGAUGCUAUGCUAGCUGAUCAGCUGAUUCCUUCACUUCUGCAGCUUUUUCAUGUGAUAAACAUCAGCUGUUUGUCAUGUCCACACACUGUUUUCUUCCAUGGCACUGUCCCUUCACUGUCCCUUCUUCACAUCAUGACAAAACAUUUUGCUGCAUUUUCAACAGAAAUAUCAGAUUUUCUCACCAAAUUUAGCUGCAACAUGUUAAAUUACGAGGUUAUACUUUAAAAUCUUAUCAGUGACACUUGUGUUUUUAGUGAAUAUCACCUUGACCAAUAAAUAUAAAACCAAAAGUCUGAAAAAAGUUUAUUGUGACAGUUGAAGAGUUAAAAGCGGAAUAUCUGAGCAGGUAAAACAGGUCGGCCAUGUGUGCUCACACACCUGAGUCUUUGACGGCCUACGGGGACAGACCUGAGGGGGCGUCGACCCACAGCCAGAAAACGCACUCCAGGUUCUCCUCACACACUCCGGCAGACAGAGGCAGCGACAGACCCACACUCACAGAGAUGGAUGUAUUCAGAGACAUGUUUGGGGAGGAAGUCGUAGGAGACAUGGUGGAGGACACCGUGAAAAACGCUCUGGGUUUAGGUGACAAGGACAAAGACAAGAAGGACAAGGGAGGAGGAAUCCUCUCCCUGUUUGGAGGCGACGAAGACAAAGAGAAGGAGGACAAGGGAGGACUGUUCUCAUUUGGAGAUGACAAGAAGAAAGACAAGGGAAAGAAGGACGAGGAAAAAGGAGGAUUCUUCUCAUAUUUCAUGGACGAAGACGACGACAAAGACGAGAAGGGGAAGCAGAAGAAAUCUGGAUUCGCAGCUUUCUUAGCUGAACAGGAAGGAGCAGGUGCUGUCGGAGAAAACAAGGGAGAAACUGCAGGAAGUGAAGGAAAUAAAGAAAGUGAAGGAGUAAAUGGUGGAGAUUGGCUGGAUGAUCUGAUGAAUCUGUCCGUAGGAACAUCUAAAGGGAAGUGAGAGGAUGAAAACCAGUGAACCACGUCCUGACCUGUGAUCAGACGGAACUUCAGCUCCAAAAGCAUGAGAAUCACAUAAUAAAUGGACGCUGAGUGUUAAUGAAGUGAUUUAAUUACAUCAACAAUCAAUCUGUUGUAUUUUUAACUGGAGAUGGAUAAAGAGUUUCUCCCAACGUG